GUCUCUGUCCCAGAAUGCAGUCUGGUAAACAGACAUGGAAGCACCAGGUGAAGACCUCCACAGAGGCUGAGCACAGCACUCGCUCUUUCCCACCGUCUUCCGUGUCUUUUGCCCGGUGCAUCCGGCUGAAUUUUGUCUCCCUGGUGUCACGUCUACGUUUACAGCGGCCAGAGCCUGGGUAAGAGUGAAGUUUUUGUCGAUCCGUGACGACUGCCAAUGACUUGUGCUGUGCUGUCAGGCUUCUGCCAGCUUCCUCGCUAACGCUAGUCAUGGCUGGCUCCAGGCUUCAGCUAGCAGGCUAGUGUAGCCACCAACGUUUGUACCAGUCACAGACCCACACUGUAGGGAGCUUGUUUUCACCACACAACUCCUGAUACAGACAUGUUCCUUCACAUAUUACUUAUGCACGAUCAACAGUUACUCCUCUCAUGUUUAUCUGCAAAAAAUAAAGCGAACAUUGUGGUGGAGGUGGAAACAACGCCAGCCAGUUAAACAGCUGCCUGUUGGUCUCUACAGGCUAAUGUUAGCAAGCUGAUUGAGUUUACCUAUAAAGUUUUUACCUACUUUUCAAUGGCAAAUGCUAAGCUUCUUCUUACGAAGUUGUUCAUGGUAACAUUAUGGCGACCAUGGUCUUUGACAUGCCGGUGUUCAUAGAGUCCAAACCUGACCUUAAUCCAGUCUAAGGGAUGAAAUUAUUGAAAUACACUGACCAGCCAUAAAAUUAUGAACACAAUCAUGCAAUCCAACACCUCAUGAUCAGAUUCAGACAGGUUAUUGCAGCCUACCCUAUAUUUAUUAUUGAAUAUGGGGUGGGUGGGUGGGUGGUAGUAGUGUAAUGGAGUGCCUUACAUUACAAGUAGGGCUGGGCGAUAAGGGACAAAGUUUAUCACGAUAUACUUCUUUCAUAUCAGUUGAUAUCAAUAUGUAUCAUGAUGUAAAAAAAUCACUUAUCAAUUUUAAACAUUCUCUGUUACUCUUUAAUGAAAUUUAACAUAUACUCGACAUAAUUUGCAGUACACAUUACCCUGCUUCAUGUACGACCUCAAAAAGCAAAAUACCGCCACACUACCAACGUCUUCGUGCCAGUGUUGUUGACAGUGUCAUCUGUUGAGCCUUCAUCUGCAUUUGUGCCGGGGGUAGCACUCAUUUUCUUCUUUUUUCACUGACAGUGCUGUCAGCUUCACAUGUUAAAGUGCUAUGGUUGGCUGUAGCUGCUGCCUGCUACUACACAGUUGUUUGCUACUUGGUUCUAAUUCUGCACAUGAUUGGUUCAGCGCGGCACGACCAGGAGAAACUCUCCUUUUCAUUGGCUAUUUGUAUAGUCUACCAAAACAUGGCAGAAUGCUGACUAUCGAAAAGCAUAUUGACCAUGUUUUAUAUCGAUAUUGAGGGAAAUUAAUUUUCGAUAUAUAUUGUUAUCGUUUUAUCGCCUACCCAUUAUUGAAAGAUGCUACCUAAACUGUGUCCACAAACAUGAGGGGAGCAAAAUAUCAGAAGUGCUUUUCAAAAUAACACACUCCAGUACACCACCAUUACCCACUACAACUUCAACAGUGCAUUUGUAGAGAUAUUAUUUCUGGUCUGGUAGGGCCAGACCGAUUUAUCGGCGAGCCCUACCAGUUUUCAACUACCCCCCGAUUGGCGGGGGGUAGUUGAAAACGCUUUUCUGGUCUGAGUUUGAUUAGUCGGACUUCUGGUUGGCGUGAGGAGCAGUAGCCUACAGCAUAUCCACAGUAUAUAGUAUACUAUUAAUAUCUACAGUAUAUGCAUAUAUAUUUCAUAACUUCAUAAAAAAUGUAAAAAAAAAAUCAGCUGAUUAAUCGGUAAUCGGACCCCCCCAACAAUCCGUAUCGGCAUCAGCCCCAAAAAAAUCCAUAUCGGUCGGGCCCUACUGUCUGGUCAUGUCAACAAAAACCGAUGGUGUAGACGCCUUGUGAAAGUAGAAUUUAUGGUACAGCUGUUGUGUUGGGUUGCAUUAGAUUACUCAUAAGGGAUGGCUGGUCAGCAGUAUGUAUGAGACAGGACUUCUAAGUGAAUACAAAAUAAUAACUCUGAUGUCAAAAUCAUUGUCACUAUUUAAAAACGCUUAAGAGCUGGAUGUCAGUUUUAUGUGUUCAAUAUGGCCUGUUGUGAACUGACAGUGCAGUUGUAUUGGGAUAACAUCACUGUAUAUCUGUUAGCCGAAUUACUUCCUUCUGGCAGUUUGUCAAUACAUUCUGUUUCAAAGAAAAGAAAAUAGCUGCUUAGAGCUAAUUGCUUAUGUGAUAUUGCAAGUGUUCACCAAAUUGAUUGAUCACAAAGUUUCAUAUUAAUAUUGCAACAUGAAAUUUCCCAAUACUUCAUUGAACCUUUAGAAAAGUAGAAGGAUACACAGGAUCUAACCAAGCUAUUGUUUCAUUUGUGAAAGUACAUGAAGGCCACCUUUUAAUCAUAAACCUUAAAGCGCUCUGUAGUGUAGAUUUUCAACAUGUAAUGGCUGUAAUUCUUCUAACUUUCUGGUGUGAUAAAGGAUUUUUAUAAUAAGGCUGCAUUCAAAGUAUUAUAAAUGUCUAAGGUUAGCUUAAACACAAAAUCUUUUACAUCAGUUACAAUUAAAUGGCUUUGCAACUUACUUUAUUCUAUUUUUCCUUCAAGAAUUUAUGCAGAUAAGAAGUAUAUCUACAGUCAGUUUAGACAAAAUAAUGUCUUAAUGAUAUCAAAGUAUUACCAGGGGGCUGGACAUGACCUUGAGAGAUGGCACUCUUAUAGCUAGAUUACUGCACAGAGGGAAACUCCAUGACAAAACCAUGCUAGGACAGUGUGACUCCACAGACAAAGCACCAUAUCUAUCUGUCCCAAUCAAGAAAAAGCCAAAUGAAGACACUGACUCUAACUUGUCUUUCCUCUAUGUGUGUGGGCUUGUGUAUGUCUCCAGACUUCCCCUCCGUUGUGUGUGGCAGUCAGUGAUCACCCAGACUGAUGAGGAUCGGCUGACUGAGUUACAAAUAAAUUCCUUUUUUUCUUAUUUUGCAAAGGUAAGAUCCCACAGCUCCUCCGCUCUCUUCCGGUAAAUCCUGUCUUCUGUUGCCGUGUGAAAUACUGAAAGUUCAAUUGAACUCACAAAUGUUUUCAAUUAUCACUUUUUGCUGAAGAAAUCCAGGUUUAGUUUGUCACUUUUAAUGACCACAGUGUCAUUUCCCAUAAAGGAAAUGUCAUAUUUUCAAGGUUAUGCCUUUGGUCUAGCUUUGGGUGGUUUCUCUCAUGUGAAGAUGGUUUUCUUUUCAGGUAUCUUCAAUUUGAUAUCAGUGAAAUGACACAGACAGCUACUUGCCAAAUUGUUCGAUGGUUGUGUCUGAAGUAUCUGGUGGUUUAUGAUGGAGAAAAUAGCUGCAUAAAAUGAAGCAAUUUAUCAGUCGUAUAAAAUCAGUGGAAAGCAACAGAUGAAGGGAAGAAAUGUGAAUGACAUUUCAGUCUGGUUGACCAAUGUAUUCAAACACAUUGUCCUGGAAAAUUAUUCUAAUGGGACUAGAAAACCACCCAGUUUGGCAACUGUGGUCGGGCAGAGAGCUUGGGGGGUCUGUGCCUCCAAACUUUCCCUGCAGGCUGAGAGCUCAAUUACCUUUCUAUAGCUAGUAGCCGUGCAAACCCCCAAUAGUGAAAGCAUACGGAACAAAAAGAGCAACACAGCUGCACAGAUUGCACGUUGUAGACAUCUCUGAUCACAACAGACAUCACCACGCAAGAGGACAGUUUAAACUUUUUAAACCUUCAAAUACAGAGUGCGUCUUGUAUACCAGUGCAUUUUUUUCAGAGUUUUUAGUCAUGUUAUUGAUGACAUUUUAGCUUGCACUAAGUUGCUCUUGUCUGUCUUUCUUGCUAACUGAGCUGCGGUCGCACUUUCAAGUCUGUGUUCCUCUAUGAGCCCAGCAAAAGUGAGAGUGAAAUACAACUACUUCAUACUUUAGAUAAACACCAAUUGACGACAGUGUUUAUAAACUCGUAAAAGAUAAAACAUGAAAAAUGCAUUUAUAUGCACAAUAAAUAGGACCCAUAAAUGUAAAUCAAAUAGCAAAUUAAUAUACUACUUUUCUGAAUGAAUAUUUAUGAUAAAUAAGGUAUAUUUUGUGUUGAGUUGAGAAACAUGCGUGGCCAUUUUUGUCAUUUAGUUCUGUUUAGGUCAAUUUAUGUACUUUAAUUCAAUUUAUCCUCUGAUUGUCAUUAUAUAUGAAUUUAUAUAUUUCAGUAAGACCGCUUCCAGAUUCCUUUGCUAACUCUUUUGUUUUUUACUUAGUAAAUUUUAUAUUUUUGAGGAAAGAGAAGUCAGAGAUGUUCGUUGUUACUUGGUUGCACAAAUAAAUGGAGGUACUGUACAUCUCUGGAUGCAUUAUUCUAUAGUCUAUUUGCCAUCAUUUUUAUGUAUGUAAGAGAUGAGUUUAUAGACUCAUUAUGUGCCAUAGACUGCACAUCUUUCAAUAUAGACUUCUACUGAGAGAGACAUACUAGACUAUUUAGGAACUAAAUUUAGACUGUCAUACCAGCUUGAACAUCAUUGAAAAUAUCCUGGAAAAAAAGAGUGGUAACCCUGUCAUGUUAUUACAUUUGUUAUUCAUUGAGAACAAAUGAAUUCUUUAGUUGAAAUUUUCUUAAACAUCGUUAAGUUCAAAGUCGAACAUAAAAGUCAAGACCUGGAAAAAAGUAACAGUCGACUCUUGUGUGUAUUAAAUAUACCAUCAUAAUCUUUACACUGUAAUUUUUACAUUCUUUGUAACAAAUUUAUUAUGUUGUACAUGUUUAUGUAUUUACAUGACCCCUGUAUCAUAUAACCCUGGCCUGCUGCUUUCUGAUUACCUAAACUAAUUCCCAAAAAGCAGGUCAAAAUUAUAAUGGUUUUAUAAAUUUCACAAUGGUGCGUUUAUUGAAUUAACCGCUAAGUUGGUAAUUUAACAAUUUAACUGUUACUUAAACGGAGACAGAGGACCAUUUUAGGUGCAAUUUAGCACACUUUUUUUUGCUGAGGUGAGUAUUUACAGAAGCAGGAAAAUGUGACUCUGCAUACAGGCAAGCAUUUUACAUACGUGAAAUGCAAUUGUUUAGAUUGUUAAGUUUAAUGCCUGCCUCUCCCUAAUUUUUGAUAUUGCAAAAAGAUGCAUGCAUAAAAAAGUUUUGACUUUAAGACUGAAGUUUUGAGAACCUACCUUUUCUAUGGAAAGUGAGAAAGUAAAUAUUCUUCCCUAUAAAAAUGUCAUUUAAACAUCUGUGGUAUACAGACUUUGCUGCAACAAAAAUCAGACUGUAUGCAGCUACUGACAGUGUCAUAUCAUUGCAUUUGUUAAGCAUAUGAAAACUGUUUUGCUAUUCAAGCACAUGUGGCCAAGUGAGUAAUUUACUUUGUUCACUCAUCACAUUGUCCCUCAGAAGGCAAUAAUGAACAUGAGGCUCACAGAGAGACAGUUAAUUAGGCCUGGAACAAUGAUCAAUGAAUCAAUUAAUCAAACGAUAAAUGAAAAUAAACUCAAUAAUUCUUCUGGCCACGAUAUAUCGCCAUGUGCAUGCAUGUACUUGUUUUCCUCAUCUCGCGCCUUCAAACAUGCUGGAUGACAAGAGGGUUUACUCUGUGCAUCAGUCUCAGCACCUGGGCACGUCUGCACCCUGCUCUACAUCUCGGAGUGCAGGACAAAAACUUCACCUCGAGAUGUAGAGUCGCUGGCCUGACAGUCACACUUCUUGAAGCGUCUGAUCGACAAAGCAAGUACAGUCGGAACAGCGCAAAAUGGUGUGCGCUUUCAGAAAGCGUAGUUUGCUAAGAUAAGAUAAGAACUUCCUGAAGGGAAAUUCAAUUGUCUGUUGUCUCACAUAAUACGUCUCUAAAAGUUAUCUUUUAUUUACAUAAGAGUUAUAAAGCCUGAUGGCUGUGGGUACAAAAGAUCUUCUGAAUCUGUCUGUCCUGCAGCGAAGAGAGAGGAGCCGUCCACCACCAUUUGCCCUUUGGUCUAUCAAGGUGUUGUGAAGUGGGUGAUCCAUGUUCUUUAGAAUAGUCUCCACCUUCCUCAGUGUAGAUCUCUCCACCACAUCCUCCACUGAGUCCAGCUUGAGUCCUACCACAGAGCCAGCCUUUUUCACCAGUUUGUUAAGACGUCUUGCAUCUUUGUGUUUAAUGCUUCCUCCCCAGCAGACUGCAGCGUAGAACAGAACACUUGCCACCACAGACUGAUAAAACAUCUGCAGCAUCUUACUACAGAUGUCUAUUGAUCAGAGUCUUCUUGGGCAAAAGAGGCGGCUCUGCCCCUUUCUGUAGAUGAAGUCUGUAUUCUUAGACCAAUCCAACUUAUUAUCCAGAUGUACACCGAGGUAUACAUUGGCAAAGAAAUGCUGCCAUUUAGUACGGUUGAAAAGCCAGCAUAUUGAGAAAUGAGACUGACCAACAAUAUGAAUUGCCCUCCGGAAAAUAUGUGGUAUAUUAACAUUACAUAAGUGGUUAUUUUGGUCUCGAUAAUGUUGACAAUAAUAUCAUCAAUGAUUUGUGGGACAAUAUAUCAUCCAGCAAAAUUUGUUGUUGUCCCAGGCCUACAUUUCGUUAUUACAACUUGACUCAAAAUGUAGCAAAAUACAAGCAGCUGUGAUUUGACCCUUUAAGAAAUACUUCUGUAUCCUAUUAAGACAUAAUUAUAAUUUGACACUUAUCUGGGGCAAAUAACUCUAUCAUAUUUCAAAUAAAUGGUUUGUGUUAAAUUGUGUUAUAUAUAUUUUUAAUAGCUCCACUAGCUGUCUGAGAAACCAGAUAUGAACUAGGACUUAUAUGUGUGUCAUAAUUAGCAUGCUAGGUUAAACCAGCAGGCCAGCUAACAAUGGCGUGUAAAAUGAUUAAAAUAAAAGCUAACUAGUGAGGUCGUUUCAUGUCGUGUGUUGUUUUAGCGCUAUACUUGUUGCUUGUCAAGUGGCCACACACACUGUUUUUUUUUUUUUUUUUUUUUUUUUGAGGGGCGGGCAUGGUGAAACAACACGCGUGUGCCCGUGUCAAUCAGUGAAAAAGUCCUCCUAUCCCGAGCGCGACCAACGCUGACUCUUGUGUUGUUACAUUGUAGCGGAAAGAAUGUCGGAAAGGGCCGAGGAUGACGUCAGGGGGGAGCAGCGCCGAGCGGCCAGGCAGCAGCUGAAGCAGCAGCAGCAGAUCCAGCGGGGAGAAGGCUCCACAGCAAUGGCGACUGUUGCGGAGCGGAGAUCAUUGCCUAGUCCAGAAAUAAUGCUGGGACAGCCUUGGAGCAACUGGGUCGACGCCGCUAAACUCCACGGCAAUGACGGUGAGUUCCCCCCGCGUCCCGAAUGUGUUCGAGGAAGCGAGAUGGAGCGAGGCAGUUGCCAGUCCUGUCCUUUUUUUGGCCGAUUGCAUGCAGUUUUUGGUGUAAUGUGAAGAAACGCUACUGGUAGCAACAGCACGGGCAGGCAAGCAAGUGCAACUAUUUAUGUGUCUCUGUGUCGGAUCGCCUCGUUUUCAGGUGCUGAAUCGGAAGAAAGUUUCAAAGACUUCGGGAAAAAUCGAGAAGCCAUGCGUUUGUGCAGAGAAGGUGAGUGUUUUUUUUACUGUAGGGCCAAAGGUGUAUUUUGGUUCUGGAGGUUUGUACACAUACACGUUAAUUCAAACACUUCACACGCGUCGUUCAGCCAACUUGUACACCUAUUGCAAAUCAUGUAAGUCAGAAAUUGAUUGGACAACCGGAUAAAGUAUGUUCAAAACGUGUCUGCUAUUAGUGAGGCAGCUGACCCUUUCGUCUGUAUCUUGAAUAACAUAAGACUUUACAACUUCCACUUACUUCAGUUGUGUUGUGAAACAAAAUAUAGAUAACAAAGUUUAUUCUUUUAGGACAGUGUAAUAAAUUUACUUCAUUGUUUAGCAUCCACAUGUCUGCCAAUCUACACAGAAAACCCUCAUCCAUAUUUCAUGUGGUUCUCCAUUUCAGUAAAUAGGCAUUUAAUCUUGCUUUACAUAUUUUGAGGUUCUCGUAGGUUCUGUAAGCAUAUUACUUGAAAUAUGUCAAAUUAGUUGCCAAAUUGUCUGAGCUGGAGCCCCAAAUGUAAAAAUGGAGCUUAUGGCACGUUUACAAAUGCUUUUUCUUAGUUAUGGUUCUUUAAAGUUGUGUGAAGUUGGCACUUUUGCUUCGUUUUCACACGACACCUAAAUGAUAACAUUGCAAACAGCAUUAUUUGGCAUUUUAUUGAUAUUUAUCCAAAUGCUGAUACAAAAUUGAACCUAAUGCUACAUUUAAGUUCAUUUACUGAUUUAUUUCAAGUAUCUGUCAUCCAAUCAUCACGUAAUUCACACAUCUGAUUUACUUUGGUCUGAUCAUAGGAACUCCAAAAGGCUACUUUCACCACAUACUAAUAAAUUAACUAGAAUUAAAUGCUAGAAUAGGAUGAUACCAUCCCUGCUAGUGACCUGUCACAGAUCUGACCUGUAUUUCUCCCUAAAGUUGAAAAAUAUUAACCUACUACUGAAGGAUUGUUGUCCAGGUUGACACAUUUGAUCCCAUAGUGUGCAGAAACAGACAGAACUUCUCUCAUGGGAUUGAACCCACGAUUUCAGAAGCACAGCUCACCUGGCUUUUGAGCCACAGAGGGAUAUUUCAGAGCAUUUGUGCCCCAAAUUAUUUUUGGAAACACCUAGUGUAGCGUUGGCUGAUUUAUCAUGCCAGCAGGCCUACAUUUACAAUGAGCCUCUGCCCAAAGAUAAAUAGACACAACAAUACACUGGCAAUUUUGUGAAAUUACAAUUCAACAGUAAUGUGCUAUUUUCAAUAAUGCAAGCCCCAAAAUUGACUACAGAUUUACGAUGAAUGUGUCCAGUGAAUUUUAAAAUGAAUGGAUGAAUGAUGCAUCGCCUUUGUUACAGGCUGACAGUGAUGCAGAAAUUGUUGUUCGAGGGCUUCCUCCUGAAAUGAAAGGUGUCACGCACAUGCAGCUAAGAGCGCUGUAGCUGCUUUUUUUAAGAGCAAAUAGUCGGUAGUGUUUCAGCCACAAGUCACAAAACGCAUCUGCAUUUAUUGCUUAAAGUGCACAUAAGCAAGGCAGGUAGUUAGUGUUUUCUCUCUGGUCUGUUAAAAAGUUUAUUUGUGAGAGAUCCUCAGACAAAUUUGUUGCUCAUAUGACAAAAUACAAAGAUUAUCCCAAGUGUGUCACAAAUUCGACAGCCAGUAACAAAGCAAUGUCAUCAUAAAAUAGUUGUCACACAGUUUGACAGUUUUUUGUUUCGAUGAUCCGAAACCACAACACCUUUGGACACUGAUAUGUGUGUAUGAUAUUGGAGGCAUUUAAGUUAAUAUUUCUGAUUCUUGAUUAUGUUGUUUCAAUUACAUUUGCAGAAUAUGUCCAAGAAUAUCCUAUUUUUACCCCUGGUUAUUUCCUGUGUACAUGGUCAUAAUAGUUUUGUAGUGGUUUUAGUGCCAACAGAGAAUGCAUGGAAACCUGGAUUAGAUGAAUACAUGGCAUGUUUUUCAGGUUUCCACCCGAGUGCUCAAGGUUAUUGAUCUUGAAUUCUUAAAAUAAGGAAAAGGGCUUAGAUAAGUUUAAACCAGUGUUAAAAUAUACACAAUCACUUGACAGAUUCAGUCAUAAAAGGGACAGGAGUGCACAUUACAAUUCACUUUGCUGACGUUAUUCUGGCUCAUACUUGUGUCAUCAGUGUGCGCCCAGUUUAAGUUUCUUUUUCCUCUUCCUGUGUCGCAGUAGAAGAACGUGUCAAUUACAGUCCUAGUCAGCAGCAGAGGUACUCAUGCUGCAUUUUAUUAGCCAGAAGUGAAAACUGUGCAUGUACACGCAAGAACAUGCUCAAUAUUGGCAACAGAGGCUCUUGAUGACAAAAAAUUAGGUAUCUGAAUUUCUCCUAAGAUAUUCAAAAUGGUAAGAUAUCCAUCACACCAUAUGAAAUGAGAUGAUGCAUAACCCAGACAGUGGUCUAGAUUGAGAUAAAGACAGGCUGGUUGGUUGAAAGUGGAUGAGAUUAUUCUAGUUUCCAGAAGAAGAGAAGAAGACAGAUUGGCCACAUAAAGCCCAAAGCUGUGGGGUCACAUGAGACCACUUUUGGAACAUAUUCCUGUCAUGUCGCAGCUUAGGCCAGUGCCUGCUGUUUGUGCCAUGAGGUUGAUCAACACAUGUUGCUUGUGGCAGAAGUGUGUGAUCAUAGAGCCUUAUUUCAUCUGUGUGUGUGUGUGUGUGUGUGUGUGUGUGUGUGUGUGUUGAGUAGGGGUAUUACAAGUGGAUGACUACACCUCUCCAUCAUGACUCACCACCAGCAGAUUCCUCCUGUGGUGUAGCUGCCAUUCGAACACACACAGAAACGAAUAACACAUUGUAAAGAUGGAUGGCAGACUUUUCAUCUGCCUUCACUUUGUUAAUGAAAUAUAAAUUUUGAAGCUACAACUUCACAGAUGGGGAAGCUGGGAAAUGUAGUGAUGGUGUCAGCCACAGGUCAGAUUCAGCCAGCGUGCGUGCGGCACUGAGGCAGCCUGAGCUGCUACUGUCCUACCUAGAUCAUUCAUCACUGCCAUGGAUGAGGAUGCUGAAAUUAACUGGACUCUCGUUCUCGUCCUCUUGUCUCGCGCUCUCAGGCUCUCUUUUUCCUCCUUCAGCGCAGGUCCUCUGCUCACUCUCCCUCUUUGUCUUGCUAAGGCCUCAGCCUCCUCUCCCUCUCUUUUAUUUUUUAAAUCUGCCGUGCUCCUUUCUUAGCUUUGCUCUGUCCAUCUUCUCCUCUCUACAACUUCCUUUUUCUUUCUACCCUUUUCCUCUCGUCCUUGCUAAAGAAGAAAAUUGAGAUUGAAAAUAAAAGCGGGGCAGGCACACUGGUGUUGGACAUCUUUUCAAGCCAGGCCAUUUUAGUACUACAGUUCUGUUGGUGCCAGCAGGCUGAAUGUAGGGUGGCAGGGCCGAUGAAGCCGGACUGCUUUCAGAGUCGAGCGACUCAUUGGGAGAACCCUCCACGUGAACAGCAGCAGCAGUUUGGGAAUGAGUCGGUUUGACCUUGCUGUUGCUCUUGUAAGGAUGUAUGCUUGGUCUGCUAAAAUAAAGAUCUGAGAGAAGGUGAGGUUUUUGUGGAGGAAUCAGGGUGUUAUUGGUAAACCAGAUGCAUGAGACGAGUUCAAAGAAAGGAUUAGAUAGAAACAGACGCAUUAAGGCUCUAAAGAACCCUGAAGUUUGGAACUAGUUUUCAAUGAGUGUUCUGAUGGCGUAAGGCUAAAACAUAUAGGAUGCGUAUUUGAAGCGUGGCAGCAGCGUCAUGUGUCACGCAGCAAAUAGGUUGCCAGUGUAAUCAAUGCAGCAUUGCGUACAGGAUGCGUAUCAGCUCCGUCAUAACAUCGUAUCAGAAGUGUAUUGAGAGUAGCUCUGCUGAAGAUACGCAACAAGUCUAUUUUUGCUUCUCUACUAUUCCGUUACGCGUCAAUCCACACAGAGAUCGUUCUAUGUUCUAUGUCAUCCGGUAUUUCAAAAUAAAACACCAUAUGCAAACUCCCGACUGUGUAUCAGUUUGUGCAGAUGAGAAAUACUUCCUGGUUAUGGAUUUAUCAGUAACACAGAACAAUCCAACGGUCAGUCCCUGAUCCAUGUGGACCCCAACAGGACUUUUAACUGCUAACUCUGUCUGAAGGUAACAGCACAGCAUAAGGAACAAAGUUUACUUUAUUAAACACGAGUAAACCUGCAAAAACUGAAACUGUAAAAUCAUGUUGCAUUUUUUACAUAUAGUAGAGGCUCAACAGUCACUGAAUUAUAUCCAAAUUAGCAGGAAAUAGACCACAGAAAGGCAAAACAACCUGUUGUGAGCAUGUUGUUUCCUAAAUACUGAGCCCAGCUGACCAGGGCUACACUACGCUGCUGCCACGCUCCAAAUGCGCAUCCUGUACGCAAUACCCAAUGCUGCUUUACGGAGCAAAUACGGAACGUGCUCAAUACAGAUGCUUUAUGUUUUCGGCUUUACACUUUUGCAACCAGAGGGCAAUGCCCUCCACAUCCUGUUUCUCGGCUUGCCCUUUUUACAGUCAUCAGGCUCUUGCUGAUGCACAUCAGCAGUGUGCUUUCUUACUCAGGUUCAAUAUAAUUUACACGCCUUUGUGCAUCUAGUGACGACACUUGCUUUUUCUCUGUGGCAGACCAGUGAAAAAUAAGUCCUUCUGCUCCACUACUAUUGAAGGAGACAUUUAGCUGAGUGGCCUCAGACAAUUGACGUGCAUCAAGCAUCAGGCUCAUCUCUUCAGUUAGACAAGAAUAUGACUGACCUGCUAGGUAGCCCUUAUUUUAUGCAGCCAUUGCUUAAUGGCCCUCAUCCCUCCCGGGCUUGGCUAGCGAUGUUUGGAGAACCCUUGACAUCCCUGGCGGAGCACAUGUUGGAGAAGGGCUCCACUUCUUUCCUCUUGUAUCCUGUCUUGAGCUUGUCUAAUCAUAACGCCCCAGGCAGUCUCUUCAUUAGCCUCCUUAAUUAGGUGGUUUCUGGUUUUCUGCACCAGAGUAAAUUUUGAUCACAUUCUGCUGAGAAGCAGUGCUCCCCUCAGAUUUGCCUAAGAGCUGGUUGUGAAGGAGACUUGGUUAGUGGUAGCAGCUGGUUAGACAUGUUUGGGCUGCUGAUUUGAACUACUCAACAUUCAUGCUUUCUGAGCCUUUUAUGUGAUUGACCUUUUAUGUUCAGUCUUUCAGAUGAGAGCUGAAAUUGGAUUAGUCAAAAAAAUGUCUGUCCAUCUCAUUGAAACAUUUGUCUUUUAUUUACUGAUAAGCAGAUUUAUUUUUAGGGUGUGUAGUGUGAAGCAAAUUCACUGAAGACCAAAAGGCUACAACUUUGUUUUGUUUGUUAAAAAAAAAAACAUCCCUGAGGCUUUAAAUAUAAAUGAUUAAUGUCCGACAAAUACUGACAUUAUAUGAAUUUAUGCCUUCACCAGAACACAGCAAACUCCUUGUUGUGUACACUGACUCUCCUGUCUGUAAACGCAAUGCAGCCACUCUCACAGUGACAGGUACUCAGUUUUGCAGGUUUCCCUCCUCGGAUUCUAGUUUUCUGUGCUGUUGAUCGUUGAAGAAACAUAUAUGCUGCAGAGGCUGAAGUUGUUUUGAAGUUUUGAGAGUGCAAGGACUUUUUAAGCAUCUUUAAGUGACAACUUUAAGUGACUAAAAAGACAUACAGGAAGAACAAAGGGAAAACCAUACAUAGGAUUAUGCUUAAUAAAUACUACUACUAAUAAUAAAUGUUAUUUAUAACACGCUUUUAAAAGUGUUUAAAGACAGUUACAAGAAACAUAAUUAGAAUACAGAAAAUUUGGAGUAAUAGACCAAAAAUGUAAAAGGUUUAAAAAGACAUGACAUGAAAAGACAAUAAAAGAACAGUUUACAGGAUAAAAGCCAAGCUUCCUGAUAAAGGUUUCUAAUUUAUUUCGGCUCAUCAAGUGCCCAAUCUCUGAAUUAACGUCUUGUACGAGGAGUAUUUGGUAGACAUUAUUUCUCUGGUCAGCAGAUAACCUUUGGAUUGCUUACUCUGAUCUUUCCCUGCAUCUUAUCACCAGAUUUUAUUUCUCUGUCAGUGGGAACUCAACAAAGAAUGUUACAAUGUCAUUGUAAGAUGUGUUGCAGAUUUGGUCAGUCAGGUCGUCUUGUGUCAGAUUCUUUUUUUGUUUUUGUUUUUCUGAUAAGGUUGUGUGUUUCAUCUCUGUCCUCCAAUGCAAUGAUUGACCAGGUGGGACCAGCAGGCCGGUUUUAUUUGCCUUUCCUUGACUUGUGCCCUUUGUUGCUGUUUCUUCCCCCCGCAUACAGACAUGCCCAUAUUUGGCCAGUGUCCCGCACAGGACGACUUCUACCUGGUGAUGUGCAGCCACUGCAGCCAGGUGGUCAAGCCCCAAGCCUUCCAAGCACACUAUGGUAAGUGUUACACAAGUGUUACACACAUGAAGAUACAUACAUGUGUAUAUCCAGAGUUGUCCUCCAUUCUGUCAACACACCGCUCUGACAUAAUUAAAAGAGAUGCUUAAUUUUUGUCGAGCACGCCCUUCAAAACGAGGUUAUGAUGAAACAGAUCAGUGAAGGUUGGGGUAGCGUGUUAAUCGUCAUCUGCCACUGUGAUGUGCUGGUGGUUCUAUUUCACAUUUUAACACACCUGGGUAUUUCUUCUCCCUCUGCCCUUUGCUCCCUCCCCCAUCCACCUGACUCUAACACACAAACACACUUUUUGUCUUUAAACAGACACUUGAGAUUGGACCGCACAGAUUUAGGUUUAUUCACUCAUUUAUUGAACCCACAGCCACACUUUUGGAGGUUUACAAUUUCACUUCCCAAUCAAUAUUUAAUGCAACUCCCUCAGUCUCUCCGUACUGUAUUUUAAUUUUUAACACUCACUGAUCAUUUUGAAUCAGGUUGUUAGUGCUUAGGGAAGUGUGUGAACACAUCAAGUGGAAACAUUUUUACUUCUUGGUAAACUACACUGGGUCUUUGACUGGAGAGCUUCAGAACAUGGAUGAAUUAUGGAUGUAAAUUCAGUGAUGUUUUCACUGUGAUUCUUGUUAAACUUGACAGUGUUCACGGCAUGUUCACAAACGCCCACAGUUGCUGAAAGAAAUAAAUAUCUACUUAUUCCCAAGUUCAUUUCCUGGAAAUGAUGAGGCAGGCUGCUGCCAUGUAGGCCCGUUUAUUUUAGCUUUUGCAAAUCGAGUCAAAGAAGCAGCAGUUUGGGCCCUUUUGGCACUCCAAACAGAAAGUCAGAAAACCUUUACAGGCUGAGGUCCAUCCUGUCUGUGAUUACACACUGUAUAUAAGAUGCAUUUUGACUUUUAGUCCUAUCCUUUGCAAAGGGGCGCUUUCUCCAACAUCAUAACCAGCAGUUACAAUUGCCAAGGUCAGCCACAAGAGGGAGAUAUAACAGCACAUGGCUCCUAGAGGAAUUGUCCUGUCUAUUGUGCCAACAACACUCAAAGGACUCCUCCCACACUAUUAAACAAUAAGACUAAUAUAAGUCUGUCUUGGCUCAGACUGACUGUAUUUUUGAACAGCAGUUUUCUAACCUGCCUGGGAUUUUGAAAGAGAGCCAGGUCUAUCGGUGACGGGCAUUUUGGUUCCUGUGAAGUAAAACAGCACUGACAGCAUCCCAGCAGGUGGCAAUGGCAUAUCUUGUACAGGUAGUUAUUUUAAUGCAUGUUGUGCAUAGUGUUAUUGUCUGUAAUCAGUCGAGUACAAUUGACUUUGAUUGAUAAAUCAAGCAAAUGUAAGCAAAUGCUUUCUGCUCUGAGACAGUUUUAGGAAUACUGAUGCCUUGCAGUCGCUGCUGCUUGAAACCUGUAUGAUCCGGUCUGCCAGUGGUGUAAAGUAAAUAUUCAGUAAUAUCAGUUGCUGAAUUUUCUGAGUUGAAAGUUCUUUAAAAGAAAUGCAAAUUCCUGAAUUCGGCUUUUAUCAUAAUAGUUAAAUCUGACAAUUACAUGUCAAGAGAUCCCUAGCUUAUUUAUUGAGGAAAAUGUGGGAAAAUUAAAAAAAAUGCAGAACUGUGAGCCCAUUGUGAGGUCUUCAGAAGUUUUCUUUAGUCUGACACAACAACCCAAAUCCAGAAAAAAUGCAGGCCCAAAUUUUUGAGAGGCUGGAGACGGAGCAAGUUCACAGGUUUUUAACUCGAUAAGUAAAUUGAGUCACUUCAGUCGUCUCCCACAUAUGAUGCUGUACCUUUGGCAACUCGAAAAUGUUCUGAUUAAUUCCCUUUUCUCUAUUAAGAUGAUCCAUCUAUCUAAUUCUGUCAUUGUUCAUUUCAAAGUUCUGUUCCCCCUGUGUGCACACACAACAGGGCCGAGUCUGACUGCAGUCCGGAUUUUUAGGACUCAUGAUUCAGACUUGGACUUAAGUACUGGUGACUCAGACUCAUACUCAUACUCAGACUCAAGCAAUGACUGCAUUAGAACUCAGAAGAUAGAGGAGAAGACUCAGACUAUAAAGAGUCUUAAUAUUAAUGUGAGACUUUGAUCAUCUAUUCAGUUUAGAGUAAGGGCUGACUCUUGUACUCAGCUGCAUGCGUGCUUGAGUGUGGUCCCGUUCAGCCUCCUGCUUCCUGACAUGAUAAAGAGAAGCUGUGUGUUUUACUCACAAAGAUUUUACAGUAGAAGCAGCAAGAGCAGUGCAGCAUGUUGAAUAAGACAACACUGAGCGACAAACUCAAACUUUUGACAGCCAGCUGUCCAUGCUGAAUUCAGAAAAGCUAACAAGAUGCUGAAGUUACUUGAACUGUAAAUUACUGUUACUGUUAGCAAGCUAACUAUAAUGUUAGCAAGGGAAGCGUCUCAACCACCAAGUCCAAGAUUUUUGAUCAGUUAAAAUAUUCAUUCAUAGGUUUGGCUGCAGGUAUUUCUGAGUAUUUUGAAAAUCAGUCAACAUCUGCAGUGAUCUUGUUGCAAAAGAAUCAAUGAGUGUGUUCCCCAGACUAAGAGAAACGCUGUCAGCAUUCACGCACAACACUCGGCUGUAACUUCAGAGUCUAUUUGACAGGAGACACACAGACAGGAGUCAUUAAAACCUCACAGUCAAUAGUUAAGAGACAAACAGCUGCCUUUCUUGUGGUUAAUAAUAACACCAAUGAUGUGAACCCAGAUUCUUUUCUUGUGACUUGGACUUCACUUGGACCUUCCUGAAGAUUUGAGACCUGAUGAACUCAGAUUUAAAAUUGUGACUGCUCAUUAUGCCUGUUUCACCUCGACUUUUCACAAUAUUUACCAGCAGCACUUGUUAAGACACCCAAAUAAAUCAUUAUUUGAGAUGAUCAAAAUCCCUGAUUAUUGAGGACUGUGAUCCUGUUGGUAUUGUACAUGGUGACUAGAAAUAUACUUGUCAGUCUGCACAAGUAAAAAAGGCUCAUUAGAAAUUUGCAAACUCACUUUCUGAUAAUUCACUAGUCAUUUUAACUCACACCAGACGCAAGUAAAAUCAUCCACUCACUCAAUUUGCGCAAAUCUAAACGCAUGAAUGAGUAGUAUACUCGCUUCAUUCGCGUGUCAACAGUAAUUUUAACGGUAAUCCCUGCCAAUUUAACCACCAGGAUCAAGUAAUAGACAGAUUUUUACAACUCGCUUGGUAGGCUAAUCCGACCUCCUCACUCACUUGCCUCCAAGCAGGCUUCUUUUUAUUCCGGUUUUGGUAAUUGAAAGAAAGGGUAUCAUAUAAUUCGGGGCACCCACACACUGACUGGAUCAGUUUGUCGGUCUGUUUUCAUGUCAACUGGCAACCUUUGUGCUAAGUAGUUAUUGCGACGCGAAUAUCCGCUCAAAUUGAGAUUCACCCAAUUCAUGCCAUUCACGCUGCCAGAGUUGUAGGAGCGUCUAAUCUCGUCUUUGCAUUGACUCAACAUGUAGUUCAUUCGCGUGAAUGAUUUUACUUGCACUUGGUGUGUGGAGACAGUAACAGUACACCUAAGUCCCGGUGAAAUUAUCUGCUGAAGCCAGGAGAAAUAGUGUCAAGGAUAUUCACCCUAUCUUCCUCCCUCAGACAUAACUGAAAAAUGAAUUGUAGUUGCAUGAACACAAGACAGGGUAUAGACCUGAGCACCAAGGAGAUGCUCUCAGUCUGGUUUUAAUCCACUUCUUUGAGCUCAGGUAGGUGUUUGUGCUCCUGUGCUUCUUGGCUGUGGCUGAACCCAGCAGUGAUGACAGAUCACUGUGGACUAGAAAGCUGAAGGCUGAGCUUCCUUUUGGUACAUUCAAACAUAACUAGUCUCACAAAGCAUUGGCUUAGCUUAGCAAACAGGUAUAUUUGAAUAGAGCUUAUUGACUUUGAGCAAAAAAAAAAAAGUGCCAUUUCUUUUUUUGAAGAACCAGUUUAUUCUGGUUAGUAACGGUAUGUUUACACUGUUUGUAGUUCUAGUUAUUGGUGUUAUACAGAGACAUGCUGAGGAUUGAACAUGUUGCUUGAAGAAAGGGAAGUAAGGCUGUCACACUUGUUAGAAUUUCCCCUCAUUCCGACAUCCAGGGAUUCCCCUUCACACCGAGCCAACUGUUUGACAGCGUGAAACAGGAUAUUAAGGCGCUCCUUUUCUUUGUGUCUGUUUUUGUUUGGUUUUGUUUCCCCGACAUUUGCCUUCAUUUCUCUUUUAUUACCCUUCUACUGCCGCUGGUGUUGGCUCUCUCCUCCCAGUGUCGGCUCUGUAGGUGUCAUGCUGGGGUUUCCUGGUGUGAGUUUGUGUGCAGAGUGUGCUGUAGACUGUGACUGGGACAGGGCGAGACUGCAGGGAGAAAAGGGGAGGGAGGAAGGGGAGGGAGAAGUAGUGGAAAUGAGGGAGGGCAUAUAUCUGGAGUGUGCCGUGAAUGGGUGUGUAGAGAGGUCCUUGGGUAAGACGAGUGUUCUUUCUGAAAGGAUUUCCUACAAAAGGGAAAUGAGCAGAAUGCAGUUUGAGGCUAAAACAGACUGGGUGUGACAUCUUUGUGUGUGUACGUGUGUUAAUAUCCCCUGCACUGUUUCUGCAGCAACAAGCUUGUUUGCAAAUCACCUGUUUAGACUCAGUUUCGACAUACAGCCUCUUUCCCUACUACAUCACAUAGUUAGCCCGUUAAAGGUUAGCGCACUAGGCUCACACCUCAUCGCAUUAGUCAGCUGCAGACUCACAAGCUUUCUAUCGUAACCCAGAACCUGUUAGCUCUAGGGGUGGGAGAAAACAAUCAAUACAGCAUCGUGUUGUGAUAUUUUGUUUGGUGAUAUAUUGUAUUGUCUCAUUUGCCAAGUAUCGUUUUUUUUUGUUUUUUUUUCAAAUUUAUUGCUAAUAUUAAGUCAAAUCUUUGAAAAUGAAAAAAUAAAAUCAACUCUGUCCAGUGAGGUUGGCAGGUGACAUCAUAGAGCAGAAGAAAGUUAGUACAACAGAUAUAUAUGAGGUUUGCAAGAUGUGUUGCAUGAAAAUAAAAUACAGCGUAAAACAUAAAGACAAACAUAAAGGAAAGACAAAUGCUAAAUUAGCUAAACAGUUGAAGAAAUUGUAUAAAUCACAAUAUUUUGUAUCGCAAUACUCACUGCAUUUCAAAAUUGCAGUAAUAGCGUAUCAUGGCUCAAGUAUCGUGAUAAUAUCGUAUCGUGGGGCCACGAGUGAUUCCCACCCCUCGUUAGCUCUCCUGGCGCUUAACACUACCAGAUUUAUAAAUCUUGGCUUUAAGUGUUUUCCUCCUCUGUCAGGGUAGUUAGUUAUGCUCAGGCGCCAAAGAGUUGACAACAUGAGGGUCAAGUUAACGUUCCCAUCAGCAGACACACCCCUCCUCCCACACCUCUAUCUUUCUGUGCCUGUCACUCCUUCCACCUGUGGUUACAGUCUGCGUGACCCCUCAGUAACCCAAGUUUCAAGGCUGUGGUGCAGGUUGAACGAUGUAAAAAAAAUGCUUUAAUGAGAUUGCUGGCCUACUUUCUCUCUCUCUAGUAGUUCCUGCUGUGGCACAAGAAUUAACCUUCCGCUCAAUAAGAUGAGUCAUUAUCAUGAUGAAAUCAGUCUGCACUGAAGUAAAGCUGUGAAUCGUCAAUAAGUGUACGAUGAGUUUGCUAUUUCAUCGUUGUUCUGCCUAACUUAAAGCCAGUAUUGAGAGUUUUCUUUGAUAACCUGGAAACUUCUUUGAUUACUGUGGGUUCACGCUGAAAAAAAUCAAUGUUUGAAAGGAUGGGGUGCUGCUUUUUCCAGAGGGAAAGAGAUUUAGUUUUAGAUGCAGACACUGAGUGAUGGACAAUUUUUUUUCAUACAUCUAUUUUUGUCUUUUCAUCCACAACCUGGUAUCUGCCUAACCUUUACUGCUGUCAUACUGCCUUUUAUCAGGUUGCACAGUAGCUUUUUCUAAGAAGCUCGAGCAGGAAAUGAAGCUCUUGACCCGUUGGCAGGAUCUAUUUCAGGCUGAGCUGGCAUGAAUCACAAAAGAUGCUUAUUUGUUGUCGAGGAAACCUGCUAGCUUCAGUCAGAGAGAGAUUUUUUUGCGUCCCAGAUCCCUUGCCUUAUCUUCCGGCUCACGACCCAAUCAUUGCCACAUUUUCUCACAUAAAUUAGUCUGUUUUGCAUGUUUGAUAAAAGCUGUGUUAUGCUGAAUUCAGACUAUCUAACAGAGUAACUUGUUAUGUUUUAAUGCCAGCUUGGUUUGUAAUGUCGCUCCAGAGAGAAGACACAGUUCUGCCAGCAAACCAGCCUCCUCCUCGCCCUUUCCUGUGUUGGGCAGGAACAGGAGCAGUGGGAGCGGACUUGGGCCUGGGUUGGACUCAGGGUCUGUAGCUGGAGUGCAGAGUGGGAGCAUCCUUAGCCGACCUUCCACCGCUGGAUCCAGUUUAUGCUCCUCCUCAACGUUGUCCUCCUCUUCUAAUCCCAAACUCCUAAAACCAGCCAAAGAGAAGCUGCCAGGCAUUCAGCGAAGACCUCCUUCCUUCCCACCCUUCAGGAUGCUCCAGCCAGACAAGAUGUAAGUUCAGCUGAGUGAUGUUGGCAGUAGUAUGUGUUGCUUGGGUUGUGAAAAAUUCUGUUUAUUCCCAGACAAAAGCGAAACAAUCAAAACAGCAACAUGAAAUGCUGAGAUGAAACAAAAAUAUUAGUCUCACUCACUGUUAAUUUUCGCUGCAAUAAUGGAAAUUUGAGUUCUGCAGUCAGGAAAAAAAAAAAAACGUGCCAAAACUGCCAGUCAACAAUGUCAGUUUUUUUGUUUGAACUGUGGCUAAUGUUUACAGAGCUAGCAUCACUCGCCUUAUGGCUGAUUUCUACAUGCCUAUACUCUGCAGAGAUUGGAUGCCAGUCCAAACACACACAUUAAUCGUAUACUGUAUUUAUCGGACUAUAAGGCGCAUUUAAAGUCCUUGAAUUUUCUCAAAUAAUGACAUUGCGCCUUAUAAUCCAGUGUGUCUUAUGUAUGACUACUUGUUGUGCUUGCUGACCGCUUUUAUGGGGUACAGUGCAUGCAAAAAUCUGUCGAAAUGUGCAAGUAUGACUUUGGUAAGCAACAAAGCUGCUCCGCUCAAUGGAUAUUCGGAGCAUUACGGACCGCUGUGUCACUACCUGAUCAUCCCCAUAACAGGACCCCUGAGCAGUCUACAAGACUGCCUGACUGUAAUGUCUAAACUAGAAGUGCGUUCAUGUAAGGCAGCCCAGGCCCGGUAGCAGCAGUACACACAAGCAACAAUAAACCAAUCAGUGCGCCAAUGCUCAAUGCUCCUUACCCCCAACUUCCACAGCACCCGGAACGGCUACGAAAGGGCCAUAUCCGCUGAUCGUAACCAUUCAAGUCAACGUGUUAAUUUCCCGGGCUUCUUUCCGUUCCGCUGCAGAUCGCUGGACUCCACAGCUGAUCACAAGUUCUAUUUUUUCCGGACGCCGGAGCAUGCCGGAUAAAUCCAGCACAGAAUUCACAGUGCUCCAUACACCGUUUUUUUCACACUAUAAGGUGCACUAUAAGGCGCACCAUCAAUGAAUAUGUCUAUUCGCAUCUAUUUUCAUACAUAAGGCGCACCGGAUUAUAAGGCGCACCGGAUUAUAAAGCGCAUUAAGACAAACAAAACUGUCAAUAACUCCACGAGACUACGGUAGCUGCAGUGCUCCGACAAGCCAAAAGGAUUUUAAGUGCGCCUUAUCGCCCGAAAAAUACGGUAAUUUUAUCUCCAUCCUCCUGCGUCACCCUAUGAAAUAGGAUCUGUGUCACCUGUGCUUGUGUACAUCCGGGUUGUAGAACAUUAUAGAAUUUUGGCUUUAGCUCCAGCUAGUUGUGGCUGGCUGCACUACAGCCCAGACACUACAAAUGAUUGAUCUGAUCUGAAAUAUUGACUGAUUACUAAACCUGCAAGUAAUUCUGUGCCUGACUAGUGAAGGUGAGGACGUUAAAUCAUUAUGUCAACAAUAUCUUCUGUUGAGUGACCGUACCUCUGCAGUUUCUGGAGGGAGCACAAAAAUCUUGACACUGCACAGUCUCGUUUUUCAAACUCAUGAUAAGGUUUUUAUUGAUAUUCCUUUAAGCCCUGUCGAGCCUCAGAAGAAAGGUGGUAACAAAAAAGAGAGACUUCUGCACCAAAGAGCUGAAAUGUUUGAAGGCAUCCACUUGAUCUGUCUAGAGUGGCUAAAACCUUGAAGUUAUGGUCUGAUUCUGUUUUCUUUUAUAACUCAGUUUUGUCAAAACUCUGGCUGUGCAUUUCACAGGCUGCAGUCAAACUUCUCAUUUUAAGUAGGAAAAUCAAACAAACAAAGUUGCAAAGAAAAGAUGUGCACCAGUGUUGUCUUUUAUUGUGUUGCUGCAUCUGUCCUGGGAUGGAUUUUAAUCAGGAGUUUAUAGAAAAGAAAAAAACUGUAGAGCAGCUCCUUCCACACAAAGUGGUGAAGACUUUUUACUCCCAUCUGUCAAAUAUCCAAUUGAAAUGUUAACUUAUUAUAGAGCUAUAAAUGCCGCCAUUAAUAGCUGUUCACAAGUGCAUGUAAAUUUGCUCUGUGUGUACAAACAGGCUAGUCUUUUGUUGAUAUCAUUGAGAUGUGUGGAUAUUUUACCUGUUCAACAGCUACUCUGUGAUUCCCACAUCAUGAUCUUGAUUACAUACCAGUGUUUAUUUAAUAGCACCAGCUGGAAGUUGCUUGCUAUUCAGGUUGGUAUCUUAAUGUGAGUACUUAAAUCCAUCAGCCUAUUGUAGUCUGUAAAUGUAAACUUGCUGUUUUUACUGAGACACACUUGCAAAGCUCUGUGUUUGGUCCCGGGACUGAAGGCAUAAUCCCAAAGCAAAGCUUCAGUUUGUUGUUUCGCCUGUGUGACUCACACAACAGGUGCCUGCAAAUGUGUGUGUCUCUUAACACAAAUACACACAUACACACAAACAAAUCUAUGGUGUGAAAUACUGGCAUACUAACGUGUAAUUACAUUUUUUUUUUUGGUUAUGUUUGUGUACCAAAGUGGGUCACAUUGAGAGUGGUGUUGACAUGAUGCAUCUUUCUAAUUUAUAGUCAGAGUUAUGAACGUAUGGAAGCAUAUUCCAUUCACUUAAAGUAAAAAUCAUCAGUUUUUUCUUAAUUAAUGCAAAAAGUAUCACAGGAUUAUGAGAGAACUUUUAUAAAUACUGAUUUUGCUGCCGUGUUUUGACCUAGCUGCUGCAGUUAUAAACUUGAGCAUAUUUGCUGCUCAGUGAUCAAUCUUGCAUGUGAUACAAAGUAAAAUUAUAAAUAUAAUUUUUCCUGCUGUUCAGAAAAAAUGUCACAGCCCCAGUUUUCAACACUGAUCAUGUUUUUUAAUUUGGUGAGGUAUUGAUUUUACAUCACCUGCUCUCGUUUCUUUUUUUUCUGUAGUAUUUGAUAAAUGAUGGAUCAUAUUAGGUGUUUGUUUUGUCCUCCCAGCCCCAUCCAUACGUGCACAUCCGUCUCUUACCAUGCAUUCCUCACUGGCUCAGUGUUUCUAACUCUCAGCUUCCUCCUUGCUGCCCUCUUCAUCUCUGUAACCUUCUCUUCCAGCCUCACCCCAGCUGUCAAGGUGGAGAAGAUGCAUCUGAGGGUGGACUCGUCAGCUAAGCUGGUGCAGGCCCCAUCUGCCCCUGUCACCACCUCAUCCUCCUCUACAUCCUCCUCUAGCACCACUGUGAGCUCCAACACUACCACCAUCACCACCACCACCUCCUCCUCCUCUUCCUCAUCAUCAGCCCUCAAACCAGGCCUUAACUGUCCCUCCAUACCAAAGCCACCAUUACUGGCCCCGGGUCAGAUUCCCAACGGCAAGGGCCACCUCGCAGUCCUCUCAGACAAGAAUCAGGACAGCAGCAGCAGUGCCAGUAGCAGACGCCACGUCAACAAGAAAGUUACAGGUACACAGUAUCACCAUUAUGAAAUGUUCAUCAUGAACUUCACAUACAGAGAACAAAACGUUCUGUUAUCAGAGAUUUUUUUUCACUUUAUAUGUGAAUAACAGGUUUGUUCUCUUUUAUUUCUCUUCUGUGCCUUCAGAGCGUGAGUUCAAUCCAGAUAUCCACUGUGGUGUUGUGGAUAUUACAGCUCGGAAACCAUGCACAAGAUCUCUAACAUGCAAGGUAAUCUAACUCUCAGUUACAGGUCUGGUUUAUCCCCAGGCCUGUGAUUAACAUGUGAAAGUGUCUUUGGGCACAUCAUGGGGCCUUGUACUCCCAAAGCUUAACCAUCAGUGCAGCCUUUGUGAUCUUUGUCCAAGUGGGUGUAAAAGACUGAAGGGCUGAAGAGUUGUUAUCCAGGUGUGACCUGUAUGAAACUGUUUCCAACUCCAAGUCUGUCCACUUUAGAAUCUGAAAAGAUGUAUUUUCUAAAAGAGAAAGCUGAAGUUGAACUGUAAAACAACAGUGGAAGACUAGACAUUUGAUUAAUGUUACAAAAGUCUGCCGUGGGAUACACUGUUGAGGUGUCAGUAGCCAGGUUUACAUGGGCAAAACUUCUUGAUCUGAUUAAAAAUUUGAGGGAUCGGAUAAUCUGAGUUAUAAAGGUGUAAAAUCAAAUAAUGCAAUCAUGACGUGCAUAUACAUGCGCCAAGCUUUAUUCAGAUUAGAAGCAUUUGGACAUGCGCAGAGUUGUCUGAUUUGCUAAAAUUACCGUAGAAGAUGAGUUGUAUUGACGCCUGUGCUGUCAACAAACCAACAAUCUCGGUCGUGGCUCACUCCAACCAAUUCAGGAGGUUUCCCCUUGUUUAAUUUUGUCACUGGAUGGCGCCCUUGCGUACUUAUCUUACUGUUCUGUCAAAGGUUGCACUCUGUGUGCAGAUGUGACAUCAUUACGCUGUAUGUACGCCUUGUUAUGUUACCGGAAGAGCAGACAAAGCACCUGCGGUUGUAUUUUAGGCCAGAGUGUUUAUAUUAAUAAACAAAUAAAAAAAUUUAAAAGGCACCAUCAUUGUCCUGGAUCUUAAACACUAAAAUCUUAAACAGUACUUCUUACCUCUGCUCUUUCCUGUGACCCACCAGACACAUUCCUUAAGCCAGCGGAGGGCAGUGCCAGGGCGGAGGAAGCGCUUUGACACACUGCUGGCGGAGCACAAAAACAGAACAAGGGAGCGGGAGAGGGAGAGAGAACUCCACCAACCCCAUUCCCAGCAAAACCCCUCUCUCAGGGACCCACACCCCUCCUCCCACCUCACCGCGGCCCAUGACGCCCACCAGGUUGCUCAUGGCAACGGCCCUGCCCCAGACACCACUAAGCCUUUGCAACUCAGCAAACCUAGAUUUCACAGCCCUGGUCUUCCACGGUACGUCCCACUUCAGAUGUUACUCUGUUUUUGUGAUGUUUUUGAAUAGUGCCCAAGUACUUACCUGUUCUCCCCUCUGUAAUAAAAAUCAUUUCCAUGCUUUCUGUGCAUCAGAGUGAACAGCACUCACGGAGGUGGUACCCCCGGAGAUCCCGCUGUAGUCCAUGAGUCACCACACCACCCCCAAAGUAUCCCCGAUGGGAUUUCCCGGCCCUCUAGUGACGAGGGAGAGAACGAAGAACGGGAGGAAAAUGCAGACAAACUGGACUGUCACUAUUCAGGUUAUCAUCCCCGGCCGGCAGCUGUAAGUGAAUUCCUACUGUUCUCAGAUUUGUAAACGUUUCACUUAACUGUGCAGGAUUGUGAUUUAUCUGAGGAUUAUCCUUCGUUGGUUCAGAUGCCACUUUGUUGGAAGAUAUCAUUUAUAUUUUCUUUACAAAAAAAUAAAUAAAUAAAUGUGUAUGAUCUGUUCCCUGUUUCUGUUUCCAGUACUGUACGUUUGGAAGUCGACUGUUUGGAAGAGGCUGUUACUCCUUUGACCGGCGGUGGGACAGAGUGCGAUGCACCCUAACCACAAUGAUGGACAAACAUGUCAACUCUCAGAUGUGGAAGUAAGUCUUUUCAGUUGACAUUCCACAACAGUCAUGAGUAAUUAUAAUCGUAUGUCUUCAUGUCGGUGCUCUGAACAGUCAUUUAUGGACCUUAUCAAUUCUUGUCGCAGGAAAAUCCCCUUGGCCUCGGAGAACUCCUCUUCUGUUGCACCUACACAUAGGACAAGCACAAAUUCCCAUGGUAGCACUCCCUCUUCAGGCUUCCUGGCCCCCUCUGCCACCCUGCCCCAAACUCCUUAUAGCCAAUCGUACGAGGGCAAAUCUGUGCUCUCCUAUGGGACCACCUUAAAUGCCCGCAGCUCCCCUCAGGGCGGGGCUGAGCACCCGGCCUACGGCAUUACGCAGGCCCGACAAGUGUCUUCGUCGCCGCAGAUGCCUUCAGCCCACUCGUCCUCCUCGUCCUCGGCUCCCUCCCUAGCCUCAGGCCGGGCGCUCAAAUCCCGCUCCUCCAGCAGCAGCAGCACUACCAAGUCGUCAUCAUCCUUCAGGCCCAAAGAAAUCUCCUCUGGCUCCUCUACUCCUGUCAUCCCCAACUCCACAGGUGGGGGCAACAGUGGAGCCAACAGUAACAGUAGCAGCUCAAGCUUCAGCUCUGGGAAGAAAAGAAAGAACAGCUCAAUUCUGUCCUCAUCCCAUGGCCCUCCUGAAUCCUCCUCUUCUAAUGCCAACUACUCUUCCUCCUCCUCCUCCUCAUUUAAGAAGAACUGUGCAAAUGUUGGAAGCUCAGGGAGCACCUACCAUCAUGGCUCAUUAGGUCCUGCAUCCUCAUCAUCACUAUCUUCCUCUCAUAGCGGAGUCCACAGCGUGGGACUAAACUGUGGCCCUGUUGUUCGGACCAACUCACUCAGCCUCAAAGCUGAGCCUUCUGGAGGAUCAGCAGGCGGCUCCUCUGGGCCCCCAGUACGGGGUCCUCCCUCAGGCAGCCCCGCGGAGUCCAUCAAGCGCAUGAGUGUGGUGAUGAACAGCAGUGACUCCACCCUUUCCCUGGGGCCCUUUGUGCAUCACCAGUCCUCAUCGGACCACCACACCAGCUUCAGCCACCACCCCUCAGACGGACGCCUAGAAGGCAAGAAGCGCAAAAGUUCCCCUGCCUCCAGUGGCAUCAGUAGCGGCGGUGGAGGGGGAGGGCUUGGUGGAGGUGGUGGAGGAGGGGGGCCGGGGAUGGGCCCAGGACAAGGACCAGGUAGACCCAAAGUGGCUAAGUCACCUGCCAUUAACAACAUCCAUGGGAAGCAUGGGCGAAGCAUUCCAGGGACACCAGGGCUACCCAACAACUCCCAUUUACAUCAGGUGAGCCAACCAGCAAGAGUUUGAAAUGUCAGUGAUGGGAUUCUUCCAAAUUUACCCAGAAUUCAUGGUUGUCUGACUUGAGGGUGACUCGUUUGAAUCACAAUACGAUGUACUUAAGAUAUAGAGUCUCAAACAGUUUCAACUCUUUUCUCCCAAUCUCUCCCAAUCUCUCCCAAUCUAACGUGACUUUACAGUAGACAAACAUGGCCAACUAUGAGGUGGUUGUCAUCUAAAUGAGACUUGCUGCUUAGCUGUGGUCACUUCUAUUGAUUUAUCUUCUUAUCCAUUUGAUUGUGUUGUCUUAAAGGAUGUUAUUUUUGUAAGUCCUCCGUUAUUGAAAUGCUAGCAUCUGCAAUAGCAUCUACUAUUGUUGCCAUGGCUGCGAUUGUGGCGCUUCCUCCUACAGUCAGCUAGUUGCCUGAUUGGCCAUCAUCUCGUUCUAUGUCUAAACUCAGAGUCUCAGAGACUAAAUUUCCACCGCAUCCUGAAUGGCUCCAAUCCGGAACGGCUGCAAUUUUCGUUGUUUGUGAGGCGAAUUUCGUGGCAGAUUACAGACAGCAAGGAUCUCGAGUAUUUACAAGAACCCGCAGAUUCACGUGCAUCGCGCGAUAACGAGUUGUCUCUAUAGCUACAUAACCAUAUAAGCAGUAGAUUUUGUCCUUCCAUAGGAGGAAAUCCACUUCUAGACUUUUACAAUCAGCAUCUCCUCAUCCAUGGUGUCAUUGGUGUCACUUUCACUUGUUAGGAGUGCUUUAUUUUGAAAAGAAGCCGGAUGUUUUAUUUUGUGUCUGUGCCCGACUUCCUUUCCAGCACGGGUAAAUCCGUUCUGAAUCUAGCCGGCAUGCUCCGGUGUCCAGAAAUAAUAGAAGUCUUGCGAUCAGCUGCGGAGUCCGGCGAUCCACAGCGGAACGUAAAGAAGCCUGUGGAAAUUGACACAUGAACUUGAAUGGUUACGAUCAGCUGCGAUCGGCGGAUACAACCUUUUCGUAGCCGUUCCAGAUGCCGUGGAAGUUGGGGGUCAGAGCUCCGCUGAAAACGUUUAGUUUGAUGGUGGUGAUAUUGGUGUUGCUGCACUUGUUUUAUGAGUAGUUUGGUAAAGUUAAAUCAUUCCAACACUGCGAACUCGUGUUGAAGAUCUAUGCUGAGUUUUUAUUCUUCAGGCUUAGUGAUAAAACCUGCAGAGCUUUUUGAUUUGUGUGCUUCUGUUCAUUGCGUUUAAUCAUAUUUUAGCAGCAGUUUACUUUACAGACAGAUGAUGACCCCUUUUCUUCUCGUAUUAUUUCCCCAGCCAAAGGCUCGUCCCUGACAACGGUAUCCGGCUUCUGGGUAUGGAAGCAGCAGGUGGAUGGGGAAUAGUCUGGGGCAGCCCGCUUACUGCUCUGGACUGCACGAGGCCUUCUAAAGUCAAACCCACAUUACUCUCAGCUUCCCACAAUCCUCAGGGUGGAGAUGAUCUGGACUGCCCAGUGAAGUCAAUGUGGUCCUUACAAUUUCUCCCAAAGCCAUGUGUGUGUGUUGGUGAGGGUGUGUGUGAAUGUGUGUGAAUGUGUGUGUAUGUGUGUGUGUGUGUGUGAAAGGCAAAGUGGUACUGUGUGGAGAACGCGUGGAGCGACAGGGGUUCCAAUGAGAUGGCCGAGGACCCCUCACACGAGUGUCGUCCCUGUAUUCUGUGAGGUCUUCCUGUCUGCUUGGAGGAAGGAGGAACAAUAGAAACCUCAGUGGGCCGCUGGCUCAUUGGGUUCAGGUUAAGGGCUGCAGCAACAAGCCGUUAUGACGCUGAGCAACCGACGCCGAGGAGACGACAAGCGGAUCUCCUCUGCAUUUGUCAGAAUGACUGUGUGAUUGUGCGCGUGAGUACGAAUAUUUUAGUCAUGUCAGAUUCUACUGGACUACUGGAAUUUCCGACUUAUUUACACCCCCAGCGCCUGAUCUCAGAAGCCUUGGAUGGAGAGCAUGAGGAGCAGAAAACUGUUACUUUCAACACCUUAAACAACACACAAUCACCUUGUUGUUUCGCUUUCUGUUGGUCUGUCUCUCGGCUGGCGCGUUGAGUCACCUCGGGUCGCAUGCAGUCGCCCGGGAGAGGCCCCUUGGGACGACCUGGUCACUUUUUAUUAUCCAGAAUAAUUAUGCAAGUGUUACCUUUUUAUGACUUCUUAUGAGCUUUUUACACUGAACUACAAAGAGUCUUUGUAGACGUGGUGGAGACAGUUGUGCUUUCAAAUGUGAAUAGGACGCCUGAUGUGCCCGUUCGAUUGAAUCUUUUGUCAGAGAGAUAGCUCGGUCUUUAGGAAACCUGUUCAUUUCUGAAUCUUUCCAUUGUGCAAAUGACAGCAACAGUAGACCUACCCCCAACUGUGAACAGCACUAAAAACUACUUUCUCCACAGGCACUGCUUAGUUGUCUUCAGAGCUAGCCAACAGCUGCUACCAGCUUUGCCAACUACUUUUUUUAUUUGAAACUAAAAAGGUGGGCAGUAUCGUUUGUGAAACGGUGAUUGUGCAUUGCCUGUGUGGACAUGAAGGUAAAUCAGUGCAGACCCUGUCCUUAUUUGCCACAACCGACCUACUUUUUACCCGUAAGGCUGUAUGAACGUCCACAGCAGCUGUGGGCAGAUGUGAAUUGUAAUAUUUUUCCCACUUAGGGAAUCAGGUAUGGUGCGUCUCAACUGGAGCAAACUAUAUGCACGUCACCCGUCUUCUGUGGGCUUGAUUGUCCCUCCUGUGUGUAACCACUACCCCAGCUCUGGAUGUUCAAACUCUCAAUGCCCUGCCAGAACACUAAGUGUGUGUGUGUUGAAAAGAGAUGUGUCGCAGUAGAUGGCCAGGCAUUUAACUCUAUUCCUUUGUCAAAAUGGAGUCUUAAAUCAGGCAAUACUUGCCCAUCUUGCUGGGACGUUUGCUUUGUUUUUGUUUUUUUUUCUUUGAGUGGUCUUCUUGUGUGGGUUUUAUGGUGCAAGAUUCAUCGAGAUGGCUUCACGGGACUUAUCGAAACUUUUGGCAACAACUUUUCAUUUAGGGAACCUUCACUGAUGUCAGAUUGUAAGAAGUGGAGUCGACUUUUUUUAAAGAAUCAUUUAGCUUUUCUCUUGUAGCCUAUGUAUCAAACGAGUAUUGAAGUCUCCCUAUUUGAGAAUACAUAUUUUGUUAACAAAUUGUACAUAGAGAAAUAUGUAUUUUUGCACAGGCGUUUUUCGUACAAGCUGAAUAUUUGGUACAAUAAAAAAGAAAAGUCAUUAUUUAUUUAGUUAAAGAAAAAAAAAAGAUGAAACGUCAGAGUGGUUCACUGCCAAGUCUAUAUAAUGCAAUACACCUAUAUGUAGGAAGUGAAGCAUCUCAUGAAUCAUGUACUGAAAACCUUUAAGGAACAAAGUGUUGCCGCUGUAGCAUGUCUGUCUGACAGAGGAAACCUUUAUUCACGUUUUAAGGUCUCAAUCACACGUGCUUUUACAAGAGAUUUUACGUUGCCUCUGAAUCAACACAACAAAAAAAAAAGAGUUACAUUAUGACCCAAUUAGCCUGUGAUUUUCAAAUGUCCUGCAGGCUUGAAGCUGUGCCCUUUGUUUAAUAACUGGUCUCCAUGGACUCCUCAAACACUAUGUAGACCUUAAUCACAUUUCAUGAUUGAAACACUUAUGCUCUUUUAUAAAAGGUGGAAGGGACUUAACGCAAUCACUGCAAAGAAGAGGAACACUUCGAAACAGUCCAACUGCUUGCUUUACCGUUGCCAAACAUGUAAUUUGAAUCACCGCUUUUAGAGAAAUAGUUUUCAGCUUUUAGAAGAAAUAUCAAAUUGAGAAAGUGCCUGAAUUUGUUUCACCCUGACUGUUUGAGGACAGUAUUCUUUGGGUUGUUUUACCUUACUUGAAUGUUCAAAGUGUUUAGGAGUUUGCUUUUAAAUCUGCCUAUGAACCCUAAAUGUGGUAAAAACCCGAGCUUGUCAGCUGCCCAUUCUGAAACACUUUAAGUAUUGUGUGUUUUUCUUUAGAGAGGGAGUUAUCAAAAGUUUCCAGACAAGACGUCAACAUUUGUCAGCCUUGGUGUGUGGCUUAACCCUUCCUUUGGUUUACUGGGAUGUUUGUACACACACACACACACACACACACACACACAAAUCUUUAAUCAAGUGUUUUGUUUACCCUCAAACUCAACUGACAUCCCAGAAAUGUUUCUGCUGAACAGAAACAUUGCGAGGAUGUUUUUUUUUUAUUAGCACCAUAGACUUGGAAUGUGAACGUGAGAGAGAAUACAGCUCGUGUUUGGGAGGAGAAAUUAAAUCCACCAUUCAUACUAUGUAAAAGUGUGUAUAGAUUUCUUUUGUAUACAUUAUCAGAAUCAUUUUCAGCUGGACUUAUGUGUUGGCUGCUAUGUAAUUCAUGAACAAAAACAUAGGUUAGAAUUAAUAUUUAAAGAAAAAAAGAUUGUAUAGUAUAUUUGUUUUGUAACAAGUUCCUGUAAAUAAAAUAAUUUAUACUGCUAUUUAUAUGAAA